AUGGCUAAAUGGUCCCUAGCUCCAGGACUGAUAAACGUACUUUCUGCCUUUGAGAACUCCACGACACCAACGACCUCUGUAGAUGGAGCUAAGUCCCAGAAUCAAGCAGCGGUAUCAUCGGAAGAGAUCGAUCUAAGGUUCGAUAGUCGAUUCGCGAACAGUGACACUCCAUCAGAAGAAGUCGAAGAAGCGUUUCCGGAAUGUCAGUCACUUCUGCAUCAGUCAGAGGCGAAGGUGAAGUCUCCGCCACCACCAGCCGCCGAUGUGAAAGAGGAGGAUGCUGUGAUUCCCAAAAGUGAAGUGACUGGAAGUGCUACGCAGCUCAGCAUUACUUCUGCAAUGGAGCUUCUAUGUCCUCCAGGCCCUAGCGUUACGGUAAGUUUCAAAUCUACGUGA